AUGAGUGAUUUACCGUACAGGGUUGAUUAUCCCUCGACUACUUUUAAAAAACGUGAAAAAAUGUGCCAUUAUUCUGAUUGUAAGAAAUGUAUUCUUAAAGAUUCGUUGAGAAUCUCGAUAGUUUCAAAGUCACUAUUUUUUCACCCGGAAUGUUUUUUCAAAACAGUCGAAAAUCCUGAAGUUGGAGAUUUUGACAAUUUUGAAAAUCUUAAAUGGGAAGAUCAAAAGUUUCUGCAGGAAUUUAUCGCUAAACUAGAUCCUGAUAAAAAUGCUGAAUCAGUAACUUAUAGAAAAAAAGAAUUUAGCCUCGGAUAUUCAACAUCAAAUCACGGCAAAUGUUUAAGCUGUGAAAAAAGAAUCGAAAAAAAUACCGUAAAAAUUUCUCUAAGUUCCGAAAGUUGGAAACACGAAAAAAUCUAUCAUUCUUAUCACUGGGAGUGCUUUUGCCAUUUGCCAGAGUUUAACUUGUUUGAAAAUAUCAAUGAGAUUUCUGGUUACAACUCUUUGAAGCCCAAAGACCAGCAAACUCUGGCAAGACCAGUAAAUAUGAAAACCGGGAAUCUUCAUUCAUCAGAAAUGGCUGAUCAAAGCGAUAAAUUAUUUGCUGUAAUAAAUAGUUUGCAGCUGUUGAAGCGCAUGGAUAUAAUAGACCUUCUGAAAUUCAAUAAUCAGUUAAUUAUUAAUACGUGGAAUGUAACUGAAUUGAAAAAUAUUUUAGCCGACAGACUGAUCUUCGGAGCUCUGGAUCCUUGUCCUGAAUGCUCGGGCAAGUUAAACUUUAAGUCCGGCUUGGGCUAUCAAUGCACUAGCCAGUUCAGUGAGUGGUGCAAAUGCAGUGCCGUUUUUUUAGACCCUCCGAGAUCCAAGUUUGUAGUUCCUGAUAAUAUAAAAAAGAAGCAUAAUUUUUUAAAAACCUUCGAGCCUUGUGUUCAACGCAGACUUAUAAAAGUAUCAGCGCCUUCUGAUAUUGUCAAUGUUGAUGGUUUCGAUAAAAAAUCCAAACGUCCACUAAGAGGAAUGCAUUUUGUCAUCGAUGAUAAUUUAAAAGACAACAAGGAACAUUUGGUGGAUGAUAUCACGAAAUUAGGCGGGCUUGUUGUUGAUGAGGUUCAUGAAAAUGUGGCAGCGGUCAUCUCUGAUAAGUCAAAUUUCAAAAAAAACUCUCAGGUAAUAAAAAUGGCUAAAGAAUAUGAUAUCCAAGUAGUCUCAAUAGACUUUAUAAAAGAAGCUAAAAACUUUAUCGACACACCAGUUUCCUUGAUAGUCGACAAAAAUUUUUCCUCUUGGGGAGGUUCUCCAAGUAAGCGAAUAGCCACAACAAUUGCUAAAUCCGUAAAAUUUGAAGACUUGGAGGACAACAUGUCUUCAGAAAUAAAAAAACAAUUAGAGAAUUUCAUCGUCGACGAAUGUAACAACGAAAAGUUUUCAAUUACUCUAGCCAACACCGAGAUAGGGUCUAACUUAAACAACUAUUUCAAAAUCCAGGUGUUAAAAUCUCCGGGUAUAAAUCAACCAAAAGCUUAUUUAGUCCAAAGUUGGGGCAGAAUUGGAACCAAUAUCGGCGGAUCUAACCUGCAAGAAUUAUCCUUACAAGAGUGUCAUGAUUUAUUCCAACAACUCUACUGGGCAAAAACGGGAAACUGUUGGAAGAACAGAAAUUUUAACUUCGUUAAGAAGCCUGGAAAAAUGUACCCAAUUGAAACAGUCACAGACAAACCAGUGGAGGUGCAGUUUAGUAUUGGCAGUGAAAAAAAUCCCGUAACUCGUCUUCUGAUGUUGAUUUUUAACGUGGAAAAAAUGUCUAAGCUUUUGAGAGAGUGCAAAAUUGACACUAGCAAGAUGCCUUUAGGGAUGUUGGAGAGUAAAACGAUGGACAAGGCUUUUGUAAUCUUGGGAGAGUUGCAGACUUUUAUAAAAAAUUCAGAUCGUCUGAGAAUCAUUGAAAGAUCCAAUAGAUUUUAUGCGAUAAUUCCUCAAUCAUUUGGACUGACCAGUCCACCGAUUUUGGACACUCUAGAAAAAAUUAGGAGCAUGUGGGACAUGACUGAUUCACUUAAGCAAAUUGCAAUUGCCUAUGAAAUGACCAAAAACUCUGUAAUAGAUGAUCAUCUCCUAAAUCUUGGAGUCCAUAUUGCAGUUUUGGAUGCUAAUGAUAAAAAUUACACUGUGAUACAAACUUAUUUAAAAAACACGCAUGGAAGUACUCACAAUUACCGGUUAAAAAUUGAAGAUGUCUUCAAGGUGAAAAGAUCUGAUGAAGAUAGUUCAUUUGCUAAGUACUCAAAUUAUAAAAACAGAAGACUCUUGUGGCAUGGUUCUCUUUCAACCAAUUUUGCUGGAAUUUUGUCCCAAGGAUUGCGCAUUGCGCCUCCAGAGGCUCCUCCAAACGGUUACAUGUUUGGCAAGGGUGUAUAUUUUGCUGACAUUGUCACCAAGUCGGCGAAUUACUGCAGAUUGUCUUACAACAAUCCUACUGGACUUCUGCUACUCUGCGAAGUCGCUCUUGGGGAAAUGUAUGAGAAGAUUGACGCUGAGUAUAUUACCCAGCUCCCGAAAGGAAAGGACUCUGUUUGGGGCUUGGGGUCCACUUAUCCUGAUCCUGGAGAUGUUCAUGUUUGCCAGGAUGGUGUCAUCGUGCCGUACGGUAAGCCUGUUAGCAAUGAUACUUCUGGUUUUAAGCUUCAUUAUAAUGAGUUUGUUGUUUAUAAUGUUGGGCAGAUUAGAAUUAGGUAUAUUGUUCGAGUUAGGCUUGAUCGUUAUUCAGUCAGGUGA